CUCUUUGUCCCUGAUUCACAGUUCUUCUCUAAUUUCUUUGCCUUGAAAUUGUGCCGACAUGGCUCCUAACAGAAGGGGCUCUCUCUACAACUAAGAAAAAUCCGCGCCACCGGCUUCUCCUCUUUCAUUUUACCACUCUUGAACUACUUGAUAAUUGGAGUAUAGUUACUCAGUUUGAGAAAUUAGGAUGGCCAUGCAAACUCUGUAUGUUAAAGAACAUGAUGGAAAUGUGCGUGAUCCCAUGGGACAGUUGGCACAAGUACCAUCACAGACUUGGUGGACUGCCCUUAAAUCUCAGGCGUCCAUUUAUGGAGAAUCUUGUGGCCAAUUGAAGCCCGUGUUGAUGGAACGUCCUUCUAAUGGAGACCAACUCCCUUGGUCUAAACAAGCUGAACAAGGAGUGAACAAAGGGCGUCCUGCUCAGUUCACCUUAUUCCCUGGCGAUGGCAAAGGUUCAGAGGAUGGACAGAAACCUCUGGCCGUCCUGCAAUCAGCUACAUCAGAACAGCAUACUCGCUUUGAGCUAGGAUUUGGUCAGCCAAUGGUCUGUGCAAAAUACCCUUACAUGGAUCAAUGCUAUGGAAUUUUCUCAACCUAUGGACCUCCGGUUCCGGGGCGUGUUAUGCUGCCACUGAAUUUGGCAUCAGAGAAUGGACCGAUUUAUGUAAAUGCCAAGCAGUACAAUGGAAUCAUGAGGCGUCGGCAAUCCCGUGCAAAGGCUGCUGCUCUUGAGAAUAAACUCACUAAAGCUCGCAAGCCAUAUAUGCACUAUUCUCGCCACCUGCACGCGAUGCGUCGACUGAGGGGAUGCGGUGGCCGUUUCUUGAACACGAAAACUUCAAACGGAACAGAGACGAAGAUAGCCGGCGAAGGACAAGUUUUUCACCCUACAGGCUCACAAAACUCCAAAGUCCUGCAAUCUGAUAGUGGAACCAUGAACUCGUCCAAGGAAGCAAUCGGAGGAGGCUCGACACUUUCGGGUUCAGAAGUGACCAGCAUGUACUCGAGGGAAGAUUUUGGUCACAAUGCCCCGAUCAAUCAUCUUGGACUGUCGUUCCACUCUUUCCCUGUGAUGAUGGACACCGGGCGUGGCUCGGUUAUGGCCGACGGGUGGGUUGCACCAACAGAUCACUGUUUGCUGCUACCUCAAAGUUCGAUACCGAGGGAUUAGCUUUCUCUCUGGCAGCAACCGAAUUGAACCGGCGUUGCAUUAGCUGUUGGGGGUUUGUGCAACGUGUUUUGGGUUGCUAGGCAAAUCAUUCUUGGCUUAUCUUUUACUUACAGCUCUUCUUUACCACGUCCUGGGAGCAGUACUGAUAUCAUGGGAGUGGUGUGGAAGCUGCUAACGGCUUUAUUGUAUGUAAAUGUUGGAUCUGACUAUAAACAUAGGUGGUUUAAACUGAUCCAAUGUAAACUUUGAAACUUGGCUUAUGUGUUGUGUAAUCAUGAAUAUUUAAGGCUUGUGCAUGUUUGCUUU